UUUAAUGGUAAAUCCGAAGAUUGCUGGCCACCAUUCCAGCGUGUCGGCACCUGCCAUUCUUCGAUAUCUUCCAUUCAUCCACGCCUCUCAGUUUCCCAGCUCUUACUUAAGGUGAUUGCUAGUCCAGUGGCUGGUCUAUCAGAGCCUCUCAGCCCUUGCUUGGACACACCUAACUCUGAACUCACUAUUCAAUCUGACACCUCAAGUGGCCCUGUAUGCUUGCUCGUGGGCGUCGGCGGCGUCGCAGGCCAGGUUAGUCUUUGGCGCAGCCUUCCUUGCACGCCCGCUCAUAUUUGUCCGACGGUUGCGACAGCUGCUGUGAUCAAGCGAGCUGGCACAUUUGAACCAGACGUUGCCAAGAUUCAAGUCGACCUGUUGGCUGAUAUAGAAGACAGAGAUACAAAAUUCGUCUGGCGUCCCUGCUCGGAUUAUGAGCCCUAUCCAAUUGAUGCUCUGAAGGCUCGUGAAGGACCCGUGCCUGUUGACGAGGCUAUCACUACCCAGGCUCUUAUUCAUCCGAUCGGGCUAAUACAAUUGCACCCCCCCGCUUGCAUUACGGCUCUCUCAAUAGAACCGCUCUGGCAAGUGGCAGCAGUUGGAACUCCUCAUGGCUUUGCUCUUAUCGAUCUAUUAAGUCGAUCUCUCAUCCAUUCUCACUGCUUACUUAAGGCGCACGAGGAGGCAUGUGAAGCUACAACUCUUGAGGCAACCGCAACCACAGGCUCGGGUAGCUCUUUGAGGGAACGAGGCAAGCUUUUAAAGGCCAGUAUCCGGCAAUCCUUUAAGCGCCUGAAAAAGUCUGCUACCACACCGCGACGGACACAAGCAGCACCUUCUGCGACUCUAGAAGAGGCGCAGACCACUCAUGAUUCUGCUGCUGAUGUGCAACCCAUCGAAGCAACAAUUGUCACAGAAGCAAUUGAUGCGGCCAAAUCAGUUGCAACUGCGGCUGGUGAAGCCAUCACUGGUGCUGUUGCCACUACCGCAGAGACCGUUUGUACUGUUGCGAGUCACACAGUAGAAUCAGUGACUGGUGCGGUUGUAGAUGCAGUUCAACCACAAAAUGUGUCAACAAAGCCGGCUACAUCUAGUGAAGCAGAGACUAGCAGCUCUCCUACCGCCACAGUACCAGCUCCACUUGAGCCUAUCCAUUUGGGUCCCUUUGAUACCACUUCUGCUCGCGUCUGCUCUUUCCUUUUUACCGACACACAAGUAAUUACACCACGCCCAGCUCAAGGUCAUCCUAGCUCUUCUGAAUAUCAGCCUCCAGUGUUAUCAUACCGUACUCCCGCUCUUCUUGUUGGAACUGCAGGUGGAGCCGUUCUAGUACACAGUUUGUUCUGGCCAAACGAGACACAAGGGGGUCCGGUUUCAGUUCAGAUUAUAAAAGAACUACAGCUCAAGCAUGCUGCUCCCGUCCUUGGAAUGGCGGUCUGGGACAGCAAAGCUAAAAUACCCAUAUUUGUGGCAAAUGGUCUCAGGAGGAGGUAA